AAGGAGCGAUGCACACUUGUCAAAUAUUUCACUUCCUGCUCUUCUGAAACUCAUAUGUUACCCAGUGCCUGCUGCUUCCAAUAUACCAUGCAAUCUUCAAUUAGAAACAUUAUUGGUAGAACAUAUACCGGGAUCCAUCAGUGUGUUACAAAUGCAACUUUCCAGGCUAUACGGUCACAGCACACUCAGGAGUCAUUAGAUGUAAAUGUCACUAAAGCGCCGCACAUACCGGUGAUGGUUAAUGAAGUCUUAGAAAGUUUGGCUCCCCAAGAAGGACAGACUAUAUUGGAUAUGACAUUUGGUGCGGGAGGUCACACUACAGCUAUACUGAAACAAGCACCUAACCUUAAAAUAUUAGCAUUGGACAGAGACCCAGCCGCUUACACAAUAGCGCAAACGCUUUCACAAAGUAGCGGGUAUAAGAUUCAACCGUUGUUGGGAAGAUUUAGUGAAUUAGAAGAUAUUCUGAAGUCCUCAGGGGUGGAACCAGGAACUUUAGAUGGGGCUCUGCUUGAUGUUGGCUGUUCCUCUAUGCAGUUUGACACACCUGAGAGAGGUUUCUCACUUUCAAAAGAUGGUCCCUUGGAUAUGAGAAUGGACAGUGAUAGGUACCCUGACAUGCCCACUGCUGCUGAUGUUGUGAAUGCCUUAGAUCAACAAGCGCUUGCGUCCAUCCUGAAAACAUACGGGGAAGAGAAAUACGGCAAGAAAAUAGCUUCAGCUAUCGUUCAAGCACGUAGCAUAUACCCCAUCACCAGAACUCAGCAGCUAGCUAGCAUUGUGGCAGGAGCUGAUAUAAAUGCACGAAGAGAUCUUCUUCAACGACCAGCUCAUGCUGCAACCAAAACAUUUCAAGCUCUACGUAUAUUUGUUAACAAUGAACUCCAUGAGCUAUUUGCUGGUCUGAAGACUGCAGAAAAGUUUCUUAAAACUGGAGGAAGACUAGUUGUUAUUUCUUUCCAUUCAUUGGAGGAUCGCAUUGUCAAGAGAUUUCUCCAUGGAAUAGACAUGGCAGAAAAGCCAAAUUUAGGUGCCCGGCACAAGAUAAGACAUGGUCAGAGGAACUGGACAGAAAUAGAGGAUGAUGAAAUCCUAGACAUGCAAGCUAGUUCUAAGUGGACUGCUAUUCAAAAAAAAGUGUUGACUCCACAGUACCAAGAUGUCUUAGACAAUCCACGAGGAAGAUCUGCAAAGCUCAGAGCAGCUAUUAAACUGUAACAUCUUAGCUGUUUCAUUAAAGUGGUUUUAAAAAACUAAGGCCUAGAUUUAGAGUUCGGCGGUAGCCGUCAAAACCAGCGUUAGAGGCUCCUAACGCUGGUUUUGGCCGCCCGCUGGUAUUUGGAGUCAGUGAUUAAAGGGUCUAACGCUCACUUUACAGCCGCGACUUUUCCAUACCGCAGAUCCCCCUACGCCAUUUGCGUAGCCUAUCUUUUCAAUGGGAUCUUCCUAACGCCGGUAUUUAGAGUCGUUUCUGCAGUGAGCGUUAGAGCUCUAACGACAAGAUUCCAGCCGCCUGAAAAUAGCAGGAGUUAAGAGCUUUCUGGCUAACGCCGGUUCAUAAAGCUCUUAACUACUGUACCCUAAAGUACACUAACACCCAUAAACUACCUAUGUACCCCUAAACCGAGGUCCCCCCACAUCGCCGACACUCGAUUAAAAAUUUUAACCCCUAAUCUGCCGACCGCCACCUACGUUAUACUUAUGUACCCCUAAUCUGCUGCCCCUAACACCGCCGACCCCUGUAUUAUAUCUAUUAACCCCUAACUUGCCCCCCACAACGUCGCCGCAAGCUACUUAAAAUAAUUAACCCCUAAUCU